GCUCUCUACAGCCUCUCUAGAACACGUUUGCACUUUUGGCGUGACUGUCGCACUGUGUUGGUCAGCAUCGGAUUAGUUCUCAAACGCACUCAUCGGCGUAAUUGUUCGCUACGUGACAGAAUAGGCAGACAUCGAUCUCUGGCCAACCGGUGUCGAAAUGGUGUUCGCAUUACGGCCCAGUACUUCGCUUCUCGCAGUCGGGCUAUUGUGUGUGUUGUUAUCAGGCGAAGUGAUACGCUACGUGAAUGGGCAAGAAAGUAGCGCCACUAAGGAAGGAGCACAACCGGAAACCCCUGAUACGCCCUACGAAACCCAAACCGCCCAGUGUACGAUCACUUCCGGUGACAUCGAAGCGAGCGCGCAAGCCUCCAUUAGCAAAACGUUGGUCGGAGUGUGCGGGACAGAUGAAAUGCUGACAGCGUUUCGGACGUUGGAAGCCAAACUGCUGGAUGAGCUGAGCAACUUGAGGAGAAUGAUACGCGACCCGUACUUUAAUCCUCCUCCGCUGCAACCGUCCGUGUACAAAUCGAUCCGACGUGUUACGACCGCAUCGCAAACCGCGUCAAACACGGCCUUACCUCUGACGGCCCAGGUACCGGGAGGCGCCACCACAGAUCGCUCUACAGCCAUCGCUCCAACUCCGACACAGCUUCCGUCAACGACACCGAUCGCAAGUGUCGUGUUUCCGGACGACGAUUAUGAUGAUGAUGAGGACGGCGCAGUGGCGCUGGCACCCAAGAUCGGUGUCCCAAGCAAUAGUGAUCUAGUGAAGCAGCUUCCGUCGGCGCUCGAGCGGAACACUUCCGCAGCAUCGUCGCCGGCGAUCGAUUUCAAACCGAUCGAUAAGCCAACGGAGAAAAAGUUUCUUACCGGCGGACUGAGGGACUACGAAGUGUAUCGGUUCAACAACACGGUCAUCUCUACCGGCGAUGCGAAGGUUUUCAAGUACUUUUGGAAGAUAGAACACUUUACCAAGCGCUUGCGUUCCGGGCCGGCCGGUAAGGGAGCAACGUUUGGCAGUGCCGUGUUUGUGAUUUCGGGUCUGAACCUACGACUUCGUGCCAGCACGGCUACGAAGGCCGACGGCGAUGUGUUGAAUGUGCAGCUUGAGCAACUGUCCGCGUUCGACGACGAGCUACGCAAAACGCCCAACGUGAUACUGGCUUCCGGUGCGCUGUACGGCCAGGUGGAGACGAAGAAGUUCUUCCGCCACAAGAUUAUCAUACUGAACCAGGACAUGCCGUUCAGUGACAUGAUAUCUACGGAUCUCACCAACACCAACGCUAGAUUUGAAGCACCAUUGUCAGCGCUGACCGCGGAACCGUACCUUAAGGACGACAAGCUCCUGAUAAAGGUGAUCAUUUUUCUUUAAAAAUAAAUCCACGAUUAAAG